AUGGUCGAUCCGCCACCUUCGAUAAUUAUUGUGGGCGCAGGUCUGGGAGGCCUCGCUCUUGCGGCUCUUCUGGAACACAUCGAUGUAACCUAUGUUAUCCUCGAGCGACUAACCGAGGCCAAAACCAAUGGAACACCCUCAAUCAUGUUUGGAGUGGCAUUAUUCCUGUCGCCCGCGGCCGCAAACCUGCUCCGCCAACUGGGCAUCUACGACGAAGUCAAGCAGAAAUCCAAAACCUGCAACUCCAUUGACCUCUUCUCAGAAAAGCGCAAACCCCUUUUUGUCCUCGACUUUGCCGACUUUGCGACCAUGAGUGGCGCAGAGGGCUUCAUUAUCCCCCGGAGUUCACUCUACGAAAUCCUUCUAGAACUCAUCCCUCCAGCAAAGAUCCUCCGCGGGAAACGCGUCCUCUCCUUCGUGCAAGGCGAAGGAGGCGUGCAAGUCAAAUGUGCCGACGGCUCCGUACACGAGUCUGAUAUUCUGGUCGGAGCCGAUGGAGCCCAUAGUGCGGUGCGACAGAAUCUUUAUGAGCGGUUGAAGAAGGAGGGGAAGUUGUCAGUGGCGGAUCAGAAGCCGGCUACGUUCGAUUGUGUCAAUUUGACAGCGCAGACGUACCCGUUGGAUCCGGUGCAGUUCCCAGAGUUGAGUGAGCCUGGGUGUCGUUAUAAUAACGUUGUUGCCCAGAACAAACCCUACUCUUGGAUGACGUUCACAGGAAAGGACAAUAUAGUCUGCUGGAGUGUAACGCAAUACCUCAACAAGGAAACCUCGGAGCUCAACGACAGUUUCCGAAGCACAGACUGGGGCUCGGGACUCGCAGAGGCCAUGUGUCGAGAGGUGCAGCAUUUCCCGAUUCCCGGCGGGAAUGGUAAACUGACGCUUGCAGAUCUGAUCGUCAACACCCCGCGCGAUCAGAUUGCAAAGGUGACGUUGGAGGAGAAGGUGUUUGAGAGCUGGUACGGUGGGCGAACCGUCCUUCUCGGCAAUGCUGUCCACAAGUUCCACCCAGCAGGAGGAGAAGGCGCGCUAUGCUCGUUAUACGACGCAGUCUCACUAGCCAACUGGAUCAACGUCCUCGAGACCAACACCAUCGCCGGCCUUGAUGUCAUCUUUAAGGAAUACGUAGACGAACGUCUGCCCCCCGCCCGCGCAGCUCUCGUCCAGUCCCGUAACAUGGCUAGCAUGUACUCUCGGACGUUCAAAGCAUCGAUGGCCCGCUUCGUAUCGCGCAAUAUGCCGGACUUUUUGUGGAAGACAAGACUCGCAAAAGCAGCCGCAGACCGCUCACAGGCCGCAUUCCUCCCUCUCGUCCAAGACUCUGGCACUGUCCCCCCACUCUUCCAACCCUCCCUACACAGAACCCUAGCCAUCCUCGAGGCCCAGGCGGCUGCCAGGAAGGCGAAAGAGGACGCUAAUGCGACAUCGACGACGACGAGCACCACAUCCUCGGAUUCCUCAGGAAUCUCAGAAGUGUCUGGGACUACGACGGCGACGACGCUGCCGGCGUAUACGCAGCAGACACAUGCGGAUGGUCAGCGCCAGCAGCACCGGAGUCCGGGGGUGUCUUCGUCAUCGGCAUCGUCGAUCCAUAACCUCCCACCAGCACCCUUUGCGCCAACGCUGUCAUCCUCUUCCACUUCCUCUUUAUCCGCACAUGUCCAUACUCCUCAACAUCAUCAGCGUAAUUACUCUGCCUCUUUUUCUGGUGCACAACAGCCAUUAUCCUUAAUGGUAGCUUCUCCCUAUGGAGCAUCAACAACAGCCAGAGCUGUUCCAUUGUGA